AUGGAUACACCUGAAAGCCCUACCAGGUCAUUGCAGUCUCCUGUGGAGGAAAAAGACCUUUUUGACAGCGAGAUACUUGAUUCACCUGAUGAUGAGGAAGAUAGGGCCAUCUCAGAAAGUGAGCUGCUCUAUGAAGAGAAUGGAGAACUGGCGGAAGAGGAUGAAGAGGAGGAUACAGUUGAGAUUGCCGGAGGAGGUCUGGCGUUACAAGCAGUGGGAGGAGAAGAGGACGAGGUUGUACCGGACUUUGUUUCUGAACCUGAGGAUGAGGAACCUGUAGAAGAAACAGGUGGAAUGGGGCAAGAGACUGAGGCAAUUCUUCUCAUGGAGGGGGAUGAUUAUGAUGAUGAUGAUGAUAAAGAUGAGGAUGAUGAAGAUGAUGGCAAUUUACAACAGGCGGGUAACCUGGAUAGAGAGGAUGAGGUAGGUGAUGUAGAUGAUCAUGUACUUGACACUCCUCAGUCCCCUGAAUCGGAGCCAGAACAAGGCAAGAACUUUCUCUCUAAGGAAAGCAAAGAGGAUUUAUCGGAAGCAAAUGGAGACUACAAAAGGGGUUCAGCAGACCUUGGUGCUGAUGUGGAUGAUGAGGAGGAGGACGAAGAGAAGGGCGUGAAAAGCAUUGAGGAAGAGGAAAACGAUAUUUUGCGUGCCGGAGUGGGGAGAGCUGCUGUAUCGAGAAAGGUUAAGGAAGACUCGCCGUCUGUUUCGAGGGAGCUGGAUGAACAUGAGCUGGAUUAUGACGAAGAGGUCCCAGAGGAGCCCAACAUCCCUACACACGAGGAUGAAGAAGAAGAGUAUGCUAAAGCUUUGGAAGAGGAGGUGAACCAAGAAACAACCGUAAAGAAAAUUGAAAAGAAGCCAAUCUUGCCCCCGUCCCCCAAAGAUGGGGAAUCUAGAAAGAAAGAUGACUCUAAACUCCGCAGAGAUUCCUUCAGAGACAAGAGAAAAGAAGAUGAUGAUGGAGAGAUUGAUGAAGGUGAAAUUGAUGACGACGAUUUGGAGGAAGGGGAGGUUAAAGAUCCUUCAGAUAGAAAGAUCAGACCUCGUCCUAUCUGCAGGUUCUUCAUAAAAGGAAAUUGUACUUGGGGUAUGAACUGUCGGUUCAUCCACCCUGGCGUCAAUGACAAAGGUAACUAUUCCCUCAUCACUAAGCCAGACCUCUUUUCACCUAAUGGAGCACAGCCUGGAGGUCCUCUCCCGCUUAUCCCCAACAACUCCUGGGCUACACCUGCAAUAGAGGAGCUCCCUCCUCCGCCACCGCCUGUAGAAUCUCCUUCAGAAAGUGCGUGGGAGAGAGGCCUCAGGCAUGCCAAAGAGAUGUUGAAAAAGGCCACCAUUCGAAAGGAACAGGAGCCAGACUUCGAGGAGAAACGUUUCAAUGUGACAAUUGGAGAAGAUGAACGAGAAUUUGACAAAGAGAACGAGUUUUUCAGGGACCGCUACCGCAUUAUCAGAGAUGAAAUGGACACGAGAGAGCCAAUAUAUGGUGAUCAAUAUGCUGAUCCAUACUAUGAGUAUGGAAUGGAGGCACUGUGGCGAGGUGGGCAGUAUGAAAACUUCCGAGUACAGCAUAUAGAAGCUCCUCUUCCUUAUCACUAUAAUGAGCGUGAAAGGGAACGGGACCCUCGGGAGAGGCACAGAGAUCGGGAACGUGAGAGAGAUCACCGCGAGAGGGAGCGUCGGCAGAGGGAACGGGAGCGAGAGAGAGAGCGGGAGAAAGAACGAAUGAGGCGGAAAGAGGAGUGGGAAAGGGACAGGAUAAAGCGAGAUGAGAAGGAAAGGCCGAAGAUGCGGCCUCCUCGAGACAUGCGCGAGAAGAAAGAUGAUAAACUCACACCACAGUCACCUUUAAUUCUGCCACCCAACCGACCAAUGGAGCCUCCCACAAAGAAAGACCUUGUACCAUUAAUGAGACAACCAGAUGAGUGGAAGGACCCAUGGCGUCGGUCAAAAUCCCCCAGGAGAAGAUCUGGACUGGGCUCCCCACCCCGAGGUCGUCGGAGAAAUCGUCGUUCGGGUUCUUCUGUUUCUCUGUCAAACUCUUCUCGGUCUUCGUCUCGCUCUUCAUCGUACACAGGCUCUGGGUCAUCACGUUCUCGCAGCCGCUCCAGCUCAUUUAGCUCCUACUCUAGCCACUCCUCCCGUCACAGUUCGUUCAGUGGGAGCCGCUCUAGGUCAAGAUCUUUUUCCACAUCUCCUUCACCAGCCCCAGCAGUACAAAGGAAUGCCAAAAAUAAGCCAGACCUUCCUCCAGUGCUUGCUAAAGGUGUGCCACUGAAGCAGGGUGCUGCACCUAUUCCACGCAGGGACAAACCUCCUAUGAAGAAAGCUCAGACUCCACCACCACCACCACCACCUAGUGGACCAAUGAACAGGCCUUUCAAACCCUUGCCAGAGGGAGGAAAGCCUCCCACCAAUCUUAGGGAGCCCGGAGGAGUAGUUAUUGGAGCCGGUGGUGAUGCUAGUGCUGGUGGAGGCGGUGUAAUGGUUAGACAGAUACCUUCCCGGGAACCCGCGAAACCUUCCAGCCAGAGGGAAGGAAGGCAGAAGGAACGGCAGCAGCAUCCUCCUCGGAGGCGGACUGUGAGUGGGAGUGUUAGUGGAAGUGGCAGUAGUUACACUGGCUCAAGCUCUAGGUCCAGAUCCUCUUCAAACUCAUUGUCACAUUCACGUUCCGGAUCCAGAAAAUCCAAGAAGUCCAGGUCUUUGAGUGUAAGCAGUGUGUCAUCAGUAUCGUCGGGUUCAUCAGGAAGCAGUUCAGUGCGUAGUGCAGACUCUGAUGACAUGUAUGCUGACCUGGCUAGCCCCGUGUCUUCAGCCAGCACUCGCUCACCUACACCAGGGCACCCCCGAAAAGAGCGAGCAGCUCCCACCAGGGAACGGCCCCCGCAGAGCAGAGAAAAGAACAGGGAGAGGCCUGUGAAGAAAGAUGAACCCGUAAGGGAAGAUCGCAGGAAGAUCAACCCAUCUAGUGGUCCACCUAGAGGAGGCAACCCCAUGCCUAGACCAGUCCCUGGAAGCAGAGGUGGUAACCCUGCACACCACCCUGCUGGGAAUAUGCCCCCACCAGGAAACUAUGGAGGUCCCAGUUCACAUAAAGACAUCAAACUCACCCUUCUCAACAAGCAGCAAGGUGAUAAGGGCAGUAGAAAGCGUUAUCUCCCCUCUGAGAAAGACCGACCUGGUUCCCCCCUUAGCAAGAGAAUGGCUAUGUCUCCUGACAGAGCUCGGGAUAGAAGGAUAUCUGGCAGACCACCACUGUCCCCUAGAAUGGAUCGACCCAGAGGGCAGGGACCUCGGCCAGUGGCCUCCCAGGGAGACAGAAAACGUCCACUGUCGCCACCUCCCAAAUCAUCUGGGAAAGGUUCCGGAGUCCAGUCUGGAAAAGUCGCCCCCUCUGCCCCUGCGCCACCCCCUGCUUCCGGUAAACCCAGCAACACACUGUCUCGGCGCGAGGAGCUACUUAAACAGUUGAAGGCUGUCGAAGAUGCUAUUGCUCGGAAAAGAGCAAAGAUCCCUGGCAAAUAA